AAUUAAGGUUGUUAGAAUUAAUUACAAGAGGUGCUGCUUAGAACAGUUGGGUCUGCCAGGGCAAUUCCUUAGCCUUUCGGAAGGAAGGGGGUCUUGCUUUCUGAAUUUGGGUUCACCCUUUGGGGGGGGCGGGGGUGGAGAACCGCCCUUAGUAUGACAGCUGCUGCCUCAAGGUCACCAGACUGAAGCUUUCAGCUUGUUAGGCUGCUGUCCCUUCAAGUAGCCUGCGGAGGUUAUGAGCAGCUUUAGGUGGGUGAGAUGAGGCAAGGCAGCCUUUGCCUGAGAGGCUUAAGCAGCCACCCAAUCGAAGGCUCCACUGAAUGACUGCUGGGAGCUGAGCAGGGCUGGGGAGGGCAGGGUAAUGCAACACAACCUCCUCGAGGGAGCAUCUAUCCCAGGACUCUGGAAUUCCCAAGAGGCGGCCAUCCUGGAGAUCGGUUGAGGAUGAAUUGUUUCUGCCUCUCGGUCGCAAUCUGGAGGCAUCGCUCCUGGUUGCUGGCCGCCAUCUUCCUGUUUUUGCUUCUCCUCCUCCGGCAGCUGACCAGACAAGAAAUCCUGCGGCUCAGCCCUGGGGAGGAGCUCUUGAGCCUUCCGCGGAGGAGCAGUCCCACGCGCACGCUUCCUGCUCCACAGGUGACCGGGAGGGCCGGCCAGGAGGAGCAGGGAGGCCUCAGCGUUGUCUUUUUGAAGACUCACAAGACCGGGAGCAGCACCGUGCAGAAUAUCCUGUUUCGGGCCAGUGAGCGGCGCAACCUGACUGUGGCUUUCCCACUCUACUCCUACCAGUUUGCCUACCCAGAGUGCUUCUCCAGAGCCUUUGUGGAGGAUCUCCCACCCGGAGCGCUGCACUUCAACCUCCUCUGCAGCCAUAUGAGGCUGCAUGUUGGGGAAGUGCAGGCGGUCAUGCCUUCCCACAGUGUCUACCUCACCAUCCUGCGCCACCCGGCGCAGACGUUUGAAUCCGUCUUCCACUAUUACCUUAACGUGGUGCCUGCCUUCCAGCCCCUGGCCAAUCACUCCAGCCCUUUGCUUGCUUUCCUUGAAGCCUCCGCAGAGCACUAUAACGCUCAGGAUGCAAGCAAUGGUCUCGCCAAGAACCCCAUGGCCUUUGACUUGGGCCUAAAUCCAGGGCAGGAGGAAGCUGCCACCAGCCAGUGGACCCAGGAGCUGGAAAGACUCAACCAGAUUUUUCAGCUGGUGAUGAUUGCAGAGCAUUUUGAUGAGUCUCUGCUCCUGGCUCGGGACUUACUGGGCCUGGACAUGGAAGAACUGGUGUACGUCAGGCUAAAUGUCCGUCAUAAGAAGGGGCCGCCUCUGUCUAAGGCACUGGCGCAGAAGAUCCAAGCUUGGAACUGGUUCGAUAUGCAACUCUACAAGUUUUUCCAAAGGAUUUUCUGGCACAAGGUAGAGCGUUACGGCUAUAUGCGUAUGAAGCGGGAAUUGGACGCUUUUCGGGCAUUGCUGCGGGAGACGGUGACCACAUGCCUGGCAGGGGAUUCUGUUGGACCAGAGGAUAUGGUUGAUGCCCUGCGGCCUUGGCAGCCAGGCAGUGUCACCAUCCUGGGCUACAGGCUGAAGCAGAACCUCACCUAUGCCCAGUACACUAGCUGUUUUCGUAUGGUCUUACCUGAGCUUCAGUAUCACGCAUAUCUGUAUUACAGGCAAUAUGGGAGAGACAUGCGCCCCCUCCCAACCACAUAGUGGAGGUACCAGCUGUUGCCUGGGGUAGCUGAGGUCUCAUCCUGCUUUUUACCAGGCUCAUUCUCCCUUUCGUAUCAGCCAUCCUGUUCAGCUGGAGGGACGCCUUGGCAGUUUUAGAAGAUACGAUGCCAGAAGAUCAGAGACAAGUGUCGAUUUAGAACCCUUCCUUAUUCACAAGGAAGGCUAGUUGCUGAGAAUUCAGAACAGAACAUUUGGAAUCAGGAAGGGUCCCUUCUCACUUUGCACAUGCAUGCCAGUCCCCUAUAAUGCCUUUCAGAGUGGGCAAGGGCCAAACAAUAGAGACAUUUGUUUUCAGAGUUGCUCGGUGGCGACUGUGGAGUCUUGUCAGCCUCAGCAUUAAGCACUACAAUUGUAAAUGGGGAUGUAACUGCUGGUCUUUUUUCAUUUCCAUCUCUUGCCUGAUGUGGGGCAGUUGAAGUAGAAUAGGGUUAAUUAGUAAUAUACUGGCUAUUAUAACAGAGAUAUAUCACAUUACAGUUAUAAAUGAAUGAAGUGUAAACUUCCUUCUUUUUGUGAAUUAACUGUGACUCUGUAGUUCCUGUGAGGUGUGACCUUGCUAAGUGUUAGAUGAGGAAAAUAAUAAAUGCUGCCCCAUUUGUUUGAGGUCACAGUGAAGAAAGUGGGAAGAGAAUGGAUUCUGUAUCAUAUGGACUAGCAGGUUCUGGCACUUAAGAUUUUCAAAAAGUAAAAAAAAUGAGAGCUUAAUUUGGAGAAGUAGGAAAGUCAAAGCAUUUCACUUCAAAAACAGCAACCUUGAACCAAUAACUAGUUAUGGAAGAGUUCUUCUCAAAAGCUGCCCCUUACCUGUUUCAGCAGUCAAGAAAGCAGGACUGGUAAUAGGGUGGGGAACCCCACACAGCUGCCUUCAACUGAUUAGAGGUAAACAAGAUGGCAACCUGGUCUUCCUGUUCUGAUCCUGAACAACAGGUCACUUACUGAGCCAUACUGUGGCACAAAGCAAAGAAAUUCCUUCCAGCGUUUGACAGCCAAAACAGGGGCUUAUCCAGUUCUUAUGCCCAAUUCUCAGCUGCUUUUACUGUACUUGCCCAUCUCAACCUUAGCCAUAACGGAAGAUGAUGCGAUAUGGUGGGAGAGGCAGUUCACUAUCUGGAAGA